AUGGAAGCUGCCGCAACCACCCGGAAGCGGGUGGUACUAUACCUAGCGCCCGGCCUGGGCCACCUCGUCUCCAUGGCCGAGCUCGACAAAAUCUUGGCCGCUCACGGCCUCGCCGUCACCAUCGUCAUCACCAAGCCAUCGUACGACACGGGCGCUACCGGGCCUUUCCUGGCCGACGUCACCGCGGUCAACCCCUCCAUCUCCUUCCACUGCCUCCCGCGGGUCGAGCUCAUGCCCGUAGACUCCGUCCACCCCGAGGUGGUGACCUUCAAGGCCGCCCGCGCCUCCAGUUCGCAGCUCCGUGACUUCCUGGCCGGCGCCUCCCUGGCCAUCCUGGUGGUGGACUUCUUCUGCAGUGUCGCCGUGGAUGUCGCCACGGAGCUCGGCAUCCCCGCCUACUACUUCUUCACAUGUUGUGCCGAGACUCUUGCCAUUUUCUUGUACCUUCCGGUGCUGCACGCGUGGAGCGCCGCCAGCUUUCGAGACAUGGGUGAGGAGCUCAUGCAUGUGCCGGGAAUCCCCUCAUUCCCGGCAACGCAAUGCUUCAAGCCGCUCAUGGAUCAUGACGAUGCGGCGUACAGAGCUUUCCUGAGGGUGUCCCCCUACCUCUGCCGCUCCCAGAGCAUUAUCGUCAACACCUUUCGCUCGCUUGAGUCGUGCGCCGUCGACGCCAUCAGUGUCGGGCUCUGCACACCUCCCGGCCUCCCGACACCUCAUGUCUACUUCAUCGGGCCGCUGAUCAAGUCGAAGGAGGUGGGCGUGAAGCACGGCCAAGAGUGCCUAGCAUGGCUAGACACAUAG